CAGUAGGCGAGGCAGGGAAACGGAAACCAGACUACCGCCCCCGAAACCGCGACGACCCCACACCUCGUCCGCCCCUCCUCCCUUCCCGACUCCUACUGGCUAUCCAUCGCCCGUCUCCCCCGCGAUCAAGCUGACCAGAGCCGGCAACCGAUGGUGGUGGUGGCGGUGGGAGGGGGCGGAGGCGGCGGCUGGGGGACGUGGGAAGAGCUGGUGCUGGGCGGCGCAGUGCUCCGGCACGGGGGCGCCGCGUGGGCCACCGUCGCCGAGGAGCUCCGGACCCGUUCCCCGUGCACCUUCUCGGCCGAGGAAUGUGAAGCAAAAUUUGCAGAGAUACAGUUGCGGUACUCCGCAUGCAAUGCUUGGUUUGAAGAGCUUCGUAAGCAGAGAGUUGCUGAACUGAAAAGGGAAUUGGAGAAGUCGGAAAAUUCUAUCGGAUCCCUCCAAUCUGUGAUUCAAAGCCUCAGCAAUAGCAAACAUGUUGACGGGAGUUCUGAAUACCACACCAGUCAUACUGAAUCAUGUCCCCGCUCUGAAAAUACAGCAGAUACUAAUUCCUCAGGUAAAGAAACAUCCAGGGAUAGAUCAUCAGCUGCUAGUUUCACAGAGGAGGCAAGCAACAGUCAGAAAUCUCAGAAAGUGCAGCAGUGUGAUACUGAUUCAAUUCAAGCUAUCAAUCCAUCACCAGAUGAGUCAUAUCCCCAGGCCCAAGUUGAAAAGGUCGGUCCCAAAGAUGGCUUGCUUUGGGGUUCUAGAAAACAAAGAGGAGGGAGAGCUAGAAGGACACUUCUGAAAGGUGGUGAUAGUAGCGGGGAUGGUGAGCCUACAUCUACAGCAUUCAUACAGAGGGAGGGUUCGUCUAAAGGCUGCAUGAAGAACUUCAUAACUCCAAAAGUAGAACCAGUUGUUAUGAAGAAGGGUGUGAAAAUUCCAAAAGUAGAAUCUGGUGUGAUGAAUAAGGAUUUGAAAACUUCAAAUGUAGGAUCCGGUAUAAUGAAGAAGUGCUUGAAAACUCCCAAUGCACAAGCUGAUAUGCUGAAGAAGGAUGUGAGAACUCCUAAAGCAGAAUCCGAUGUUAUAAAGAAGGGGUUAAAAAUUCCCAAAGUAGAACCUGAUGUUAUGAAGAAGGGCUUGAGAUCUUCAAAGGCAGAAUGUGGUCAGCCUGUGAUUGAGAGAGUUAAACUGAAGCUGGCAGAGAUUUUAAAUACUAUAUCAACUCAAGAUGACUGCAAAAUGUUGCAAUGCCAACUUGAUACCCAGAGGAAAAGAGCUAGAUAUAAGAAGAUGAUUCGCCGGCAUAUGGACUUCCGAAUGCUUCACUCUAAGAUCAAGAGUGGCGCAAUCUCUUGCACCAAGGAGCUUCUGAGAGAUGUGCUCAUUUUCAUCAAUAAUGUAAUAACCUUCUAUCCGAAGGCUACAUUGGAGCACAUGGCUGCGGUUGAGCUUCGUGAGUCUGCAUGCAAAACUGUGAAGCAGAGUGCAAGCUUGUUCUUGAAAAGCCAUGGAGAGAUCGGAACAGCUGGUGCCCCCGUAGUAAAGAAUACUCGAGUCCUGCAGCCUCGAUGCCCUGGCCCCGGUGAUGCAAGGCCAAGCAAGGUUUCUUCAAGGGACGCUACUGCCAGGGAAGGAGAUGGCAAGCGCCCUAGUGAUCAGCUGGCUAAUCAAAAGACUAUACAGAGAAAUGAGCCAGCCAAGAAGAGAGGUGUGGGUCGGCCUCCAAAGAGUGGGCAUAGGAUUGCUGGGGCACAGGAAGAUAGCCCCAUAAAAGGCAGGAAAAGGGGCGCUGGGGCACAGGAAGGUAGCCCCAUCAACGGCAGGAAAAGGGGCGCUGGGGCACAGCUAGAUAGCCCCGGCAAAGGCAGAAAGAGGAGUGCGGCAGCACAGGAGAAUAACCCCAGCAAAGGCGGCAAGAAGAGCCGGCGGUGAAGCUACCAUCAGCUCAAUGCCGGUGAAACAGUGUACAGCUUAACCAUAUAUCAUAGGCUGGUCCCUUCCAACGUUGUUUGCCUGUCAAAAAAGUUUUUGCCCCAGUAUUCAAACUGAUGUAACAGGAAGGGUUAGCUGUUUCUGAUGUUGUUUUGUAAGGAGUAUGGACAGUUAGGAGGGAACCCUCAUUUUCCUGUAGAGAUUAUCCGAGCUAGGCUAUACAUGUCUGACUGUGUAAUGCUUAAUAGUUUAAUUUAUAUCAUGUGAACUGAUGCUUGAACACCGAC